UGUUUACGGUAACGGUCAAAAUAAUGAGUAUUUACCUGAUAUUCUUCACAGUUUUAUCCUAUCUGGUUUGGAUAAAAUGCAUUUACUAUCGACACCGGCGAACUUUGUUGAAGUCGUUGAAACGUGUAAUGAACGUUUUAUCGAGCAGAGAGACAGACGGCGAUGACAUCAGAGCUCUGAUUGUAACUGCGCAUCCGGAUGAUGAAUGUAUGUUUUUCGCGCCAACGAUUAUACGACUGGUUGAGUUAAAAGCCAGCGUUCAUUUGCUGUGUUUAUCUGCAGGAAACUACUACAAUCAAGGAGCUCAGCGUAAACAAGAACUUCUCAACAGCUGUGCCGUGUUGGGGAUACCAGCCUCCAGAAUCACCAUAGUAGACAAUGAAAAACUUCCAGAUGACCCCAAAGCAGAAUGGAGCAUCUCUUUGGUCUCUUCUGUAAUUGUGAAGCACAUAAGAGCCCACUCCUUCAACAUGGUGCUGACCUUCGAUGGAAGAGGAGUGAGCGGCCAUGCCAAUCACAUAGCCAUCCACAAGGCUGUCAGCCAUCUUGCUUCCACUGGACAAGUACCCAAUGACUGCUGUUUGUUCUCCCUGGUGACUGUUGGCCUCCUCAGGAAGUACAUCUCCUUCCUGGAGCUUCCCCUCAGCUGGCUGCUGUCCUCUGGCCUUUGCUGCAUUAUAGGCUCACAGGGCUACAGGCAAGCCAAAGCUGCUAUGCUUUGUCAUCGCACUCAACUCCUGUGGUUUCGUUAUCUGUACAUCAGCUUCUCGCGGUACAUGUUCAUAAACACAUUCCAGGUGAUCCCACAAGGACCAAAGAACCUGAAGAUCUAUUAAAAAGUCUGUCCCCAUCCUGAUGCACUGAUUGUUAAACUGUUUGGACGUCUCACUGACUGACAACUCGAAUACAGUGAUCGGAGUGAAUUUACUUGCUGUUUACAGGUCUGAUGAGCGGAUUUGCUCUCAGUGAAUAAAGAUGGUCUUUGGCACUUUAUUGGCUAAAGAAGCCUGAAUACUUUU